AUUGUUGUGGCAAGCUCUGGAAGAUUCCUCCGCCCGCCGUAUAAAACCGGAGGGGACGCGCCCGCCGCGGCAUUAGAACCCGAGGCGGCGAGGGUGAGCCAUGGGCAAGGAUUAUUACCGCACCCUGGGCCUGUCCCGCGGGGCCAGCGACGACGACAUUAAGAAGGCCUAUCGGAAGCAGGCGCUACGCUACCACCCGGACAAGAACAAGGACCCCGGCGCCGAGGAGCGGUUCAAGGAGAUCGCCGAGGCCUACGACGUGCUCAGCGACCCCAAGAAGCGUGAAAUCUUCGACAAGUUUGGCGAGGAAGGACUUAAGGGAGGUGGUCCCAGCUGCAGUGGAGGCGGUCCCAAUGGCACUUCAUUCACCUACACCUUUCAUGGAGAUCCUCAUGCCAUGUUUGCAGAAUUCUUUGGCGGGCGGAAUCCUUUUGAUACGUUCUUUGUCCAGAGGAAUGGUGAUGAAGAUAUGGACAUUGAUGACCCCUUCACAAGUUUUCAAAACUUUGGCAACAUUGGCUUUUCCCGUGCUCGUGGGGGCCAUGAAAAUGUUCGCAAGAAACCAGAUCCACCAAUCACUCACGAGCUGAGAGUAUCCUUGGAGGAAAUUUACAGUGGAUGCACCAAGAAAAUGAAGAUUUCUCACAAACGGCUAAAUCCAGAUGGAAAAACGACACGCACUGAAGAUAAGAUUUUAACAAUUGAUGUCAAACGUGGCUGGAAAGAAGGAACUAAGAUUACAUUCCCCAAAGAAGGAGACCAAACAGCAAACAACAUUCCAGCUGAUAUUGUCUUUGUUUUAAAGGACAAGCCACACAGCAUUUUUAAAAGAGAUGGGUCUGAUAUUGUAUACCCAGCCAAGAUCAGCCUCCGUGAGGCUCUGUGUGGCUGUACUGUGAACGCGCCAACAUUAGAUGGUAGGACCAUACCAAUGUUGUUCAAGGAUGUCAUUAAGCCUGGAAUGAAGCGAAGAAUUCCUGGAGAAGGCCUUCCCUAUCCAAAGAGUCCAAACCAGCGAGGAGACCUUAUUAUUGAGUUUGAUGUAAAAUUUCCAGACAGAAUUCCACAGUCUUCCAAAAAUGUCUUAGAACAGAUCUUGCCCAUAUAAAAAGCCUGGCAGAGCUGAACUGUCAUGUCUCCAAAGCAGAUGAUUUUGGACUGGAACCAGGAUUUCAGGGUCUGAUUGACAGUGGGUAUGGCAGUAACUUCAUGUUGUCAAAAGUUUUUCACAGAAUCUAGAUAAUGCAAGAUCAACGUUGCGCUGCUCGAUGGCUUUAGACCCAUGUUGUCAUUGCUCAGAGCCUUUUUAAGAGUGAGCAGUUACUACUAGAAGGAAUCAGCAGAACAUCUCAUAAUUAAAUAUGAGGACAACAGACUGUUAAGAUUCCUGUCUUCACUUAUUUGGCUGGCCCUGUUUCAGGCCCUAUCCAUGUACAUUCUCUGUUGGAAAGAAUUACACUAAACUCUAAACUGGACUUGAAAAGUAAACUUACUCCAAUCUCUCA